UGCAUUGAGACUACAAUUCCCAGCAUGCAAGGUGGUAACGAGGCCUAUGUUGAUUCCAGGCCCUGUGUCCCGCAGGCAGCGCUGGAUGACCACGAGCAGGGACCCCCACUCUGCGGAGAGUGGGAGCAGAGCCCUGGGCUGCGAGGGAGGAGCGGGCCGUCACCCAGGCCUUUCCUGAGGAGGACACCAACUGGAAUCCUGAGAAAUUGCAAUGCAGGUUUCAAAUCUCCAAUCCAAUCUCCAAGGUCCUGUCAAUCAGACGGAGUCAAUAAAGAAACCCUACAGCAUGAAGUUGAAGAACUGACACAGAAGGAUCUUGCCCUGGAUCAGGAAAUUGCACAGUUGUUGGCUGAAGGUUACAGCCUGGAGGAAUUGGAGAAACACAUCUCUCUGCUCCAUGAGUACAAUGAUAUUAAAGACACUGGACAGAUGCUGCUGGGCAAGCUGGCCACGAUUAGAGGGGUCACCACGAAGGAGCUGUACCCCAAAUUUGAUCUGGAACUUACUGACUAGCAUUGAAACUGAAGACUACAAUCUCCUGCAGAGAUCACCAUUACUGGGGUACUGCAUGUCGGUACCGUACACCUUGAGAAUUUACAAGGACAGUAAAAAUGCAGAGACUUUCAAGGAAGUGUUACUUGACCACGUAAUUUCUAAGAAUAUCUAACUUCCAGAAUGGAAAAGCUAUUGAAUCCAUCACAUGUUCCCUGUUUCAGAAAAAGUAGCAUUCUGUUCUUUGGCAAUGAGAGGAGAUUCAGUUGAAGUGUUAGGAGCAUCAGGCUCCUCUUACUGUUCAUUAUUUAAAAAAAAAAUUAUAAUUCAGAAUUAAUAGUUAACCCCUUCACCGUUGCACAUGUGAUUGGGGUUCUUCGACAUCUUGAUGGUCUAAGGGCUUCUUUAAGGAAGUCUUACAUGGGGAAGCAAUUGUUAGGUAUCCGUAAAUGGAUGGAGGAGGCAGCACUGGAGAUGGGAGAAUAUGCAGAGCUGUGUUUGUUUGUUAAAAACCUCAGAAGUGGGAAAGGAAACCUGCUAAGAGCAAGGUGUUUGUAUUCCUCAUGCGGAAAACGCUGCGGGUGCUCAAUAUCUUAGUGUCCCCCCGAACUGAGUUCUGGAAGCUGGUUGUUGCAUAUGUAUAGUAGUAAAUAAACAGAAAAGCAUUAACUU